AGAGCGGUCAUGGUGGGCGGGUCAGUCAGAUCCGGUAUCCAGGGCAGGACUUCCGGGGCGGGGGGCCCCGGCAGAGGGAGGAGUGGCUGACAGUUGGCGCGAUCCGGAGGGCGGACGAGCGGCUCGCCGGGGGUGCGGGCCCGCCGGGCCAGGCUCAUCAUGCAGAGCCGCUGAGAUGUGCAUAUUCUCCGCCUGGCACAGAGCAAACACUCCUGAGGACCUGCUCCAUGGGCUUCGGAAGCAGAGAGAGCUUGGUUUUGAAUCUCAGAAAGGCUCCAGGAAGCAGGGUCAAGGCUGGGGAGACGAUGGUCUCAGUGACGAUGGCCACUUCCGAGUGGAUCCAGUUCUUCAAGGAAGCCGGCAUUCCUCCAGGCCCUGCUGUCAAUUAUGCCGUGAUGUUUGUGGACAACCGGAUCCAGAAGAGCAUGCUGCUAGAUCUCAAUAAGGAAAUCAUGAACGAGCUGGGCGUGACUGUGGUGGGUGACAUCAUUGCCAUCCUCAAGCAUGCCAAGGUGGUACACCGCCAGGACAUGUGCAAAGCUGCCACCGAGUCAGUGCCCUGCAGCCCCAGCCCCGUCCAGAGUGAACCCCGCCGUGGCGCCUCUAGUGCCGCUUCUCGAAUGAUCACCAACAGCCUGAACCAUGACUCUCCACCCCACACUCCCCCAAGGCGGUCAGACACCAGCACCUCCAAGAUCUCCGUCACUGUGUCCAACAGGAUGGCAGCGAAGAGUGCCAAGGCAGCCGGUGAGGGCUCUUGGGCAGCUGUUGGGCAGAGCUGGCUGCAGGGGAAUAUGGCUCUGGCUCGCAGGGAGGAGGAGAGCCUGAUUGUUCCUGCCAAGCGGCGACGGGUCACAGCCGAGAUGGAGGGAAAGUACAUCAUCCACAUGCCCAAGGGGACCACGCCCCGCACCCGCAAGAUCCUGGAGCAGCAGGCAGCAAAAGGUCUCCAUAGAACGUCCGUGUUCGACCGCCUCGGUGCUGAGACCAAAGCGGACACGACGACGGGGACGAAGCCUACUGGAGUUUUCAGCCGCUUAGGGGCCACCCCAGAGAUGGAUGAGGAUCUGGCCUGGGACAGUGAUAAUGACAGCAGCAGUUCUGUCCUGCCGUAUGCUGGAGUCCUGAAGAAGCUAGGAAGGGGCCCCGCCAAGGCCAGUCCCCAGCCAGCACUGACUGUCAAAGCCAAGGCCACAAGCUCUGCAACCACAACCGCUCCACGACUGCGGCGCCUGGCGCUCCCCUCCCGCCCGGGGCCAGAGAAGAAGCCGGAGUCCCUGCCCAAAGUCAGUGUCCUUCAGAGACUGGGCAAGGCUGCUGUUGUGUCUGAGGCCCAGGACAGCCAGGUCACAAGCACCAAGAGUAAGUCCUCAGCUGAGGUCAAGAUGGCCAUUAGGAGGACUCUGGUGGGACCCCGGGGGAGCAGCUCCAUCGAGAGCCUUGGUGCCCAAAUGGACCACGCAGGCACUGUGAGCGUGUUCAAAAGACUGGGCCGAAGGACCACCUAGCCGCCUGCACUCAGGGUGGGGUGCAGCAUGCCACGCAGGCGGGUUCCUGCUUCCGUCCCUUCUAGCCUAUGUUGAGGGCUCAGCCGCCCUCCGCAGCUCUAGAUGACACAGGGCUUGGUUAUCUCCAGCAUUCCUGCUGCUUCCAAGCCCUCAGGCAUCCAGGCAUUUCCCCUGGGCUUCCAUGUUCCUGUGGCCAGCCCUUGCCUGCUCCGGGACUCUCCCUCAUGUCCUCUGUCCUCUGAGCAUUAAUGGUGGCCUUGGCAGAUUCCCCCUUUUCUACCUCUCCCCAAAGCCAAGGGCCCUGCCCCUUCCAUGCGGUCCACCCCCACCAGCAGCAUCUGCUGCCUGUGUGCUCCCGUCCUGCCCCGCCCCACAAAGCUGUCACCUGGAGGCAUUCCCUCGCCUCACCCUGUGACUUCCGGCUCUCUCCUACCCUCCCCUGCUGUGGUGCCUCUCCUCCUCUUCACUCUUUUCAUUUCUCUUCUGUUUUCUGUCCCUGUGGCAAGGCCCGACCAUCCGCUGCAUCCUGCCUGACCCUCCUGCACCUCUGACCUCCCAGCGGCCCCCUCGUCGACGGUGGCGUCAACCCUGUAAAGACUGUUAGCCGCCUUCCGUUCCCAGGCUGCAGGGACCCUCCCCCCGAUCCUGGCCUGCAGCUGGGCACCUCCGUCGCCCUGCCCUGAAUGUCCUUUUCCUUGGUGGGUGGGGGCAGCAGACACUGGGGAUGGAGGGGUGCUGGGAGAAGUAACGGCUGUUUUAAUAUAUUUUUGUGACUUCCAAACUGUCCUUUUCCCUCCUUCAGCGGGAGUCACAGGUGUGUUCCUUACAUCAACACAGUGUGGGGUAGGCAGUGGUGAAGAAGGAAGUCAUGGUGACAGUCCAUCCCCUCCCCCCAGCUGCAGUGCUCUGUCCCUGUGCCUCCCCCCAGCUGCAGUGCUCUGUCCCUGUGCCUCCCCCCAGCUGCAGUGCUCUGUCAUUGUGGCUCUUCCUGUCUUUCACCUGGCACCAUGCUGCCUAUGGGGAGUUUGCUUUGAUUUGGAGAUAAGAUCUAAUUAUGUAGCCCUGGCUUACCUGGAGCUUGCUGUGUAGACCAGGCUGGCCUCAAACUUUCAAGAGACCCACCUGCCUCUGCCUCCGGAGUGCUGGGAUUAAAGGCUUUUUCUGCCAUACCCAGCUGGCUUUCUUUCUUUUGUUUUUCUUCCUUUCUUUUUUCUUUGAAACCCAAGAUGGCCCAAACUUGAUAUAUAGUUGAGGAAUGUGUCACUUAAAAAAUUAUUUUAUGUGUAUGAAUAUUUUGCCUCCAUGUAUGUAUCAGGCACAUGUGUGCCUAAUGUUCAUGGAGACCAGAAGACGAUUUUGGAUCCCUUGAGACUAAGUUAAGGAUGUGUGAGCCCCUGUGUGGGCUCCGGGAACUAAAUUUAAGUCCUCUGUAAGAGCAACAAGUGCUCUUAACCACUGAGGAGCCAUCUCUUCUGCCCUACUUUGAGUUUCUAAGCCCCCCCCUUUUGUUUGUUUCUCUGUGUAGCCCUGACUAUCCUGGAACUCACUCUGUAGACCAGGCUGGCCUCGAACUCACUGAGAUCCACCUGCCUCUGCCUCCCGAGUGCUGGGAUUAAAGAUGUGAGCCACCACCACCUGGCUGAGUUUCUAAUUCUCUAAUCUCUCCCUUGAGACUUCUGACUCACGUCAGAAGUGAGAUCAUGUCUCUAAAAAAAUAAAAAAACAAACAAAAAAGGAAAACAAGGGUCUGGGGAGAUGACUCAGUGGUUAAGAGCACGGGCUGCUCCUCCAGAGAACCCAGGGUCCCAGCACCCGCACAGUAACUCCCAACCUUCGUACCUGUGCUUCCAGGGGCCCUGGUGCCCUUUUCUGGCUUCUGAGGACAUCAGGCACACGCAUGGCACAUACACAUUCAUGCAGACAAAACACCCACACACGUAGACAAACAGACUUUUUUAUAUCACUGAUUAAAAAAUGAGGAGGAGUCAGGGAACUUUGUGUUUUUAUAUUCUUCUCUUGGAUGGUGGUGACAAAUGCCUUUCAUCCCAGCACCUGGGGGUCAGGGGCAGGGAGCAGAUCUCUUGAGUUCCAGAACAGCGACGGCUACACGGAGAAACCCUGUCUUGAAAAACCAAAAAGAAUAUUCUCUCAUACAUUACAUGCAGACUGAAGUUUCCCCUCCUUCCACUCUUCCCAUCUGCUCAACCCACCCCCGCUCUCCCUGAGAUCCAGUCCUCUGUUUUCCUUCAAAAACAAGGACAGGCCUCCUAGGGAUAUUACCCGAACAUGGUUUAACAAAUUACAAUAAGACAAACAAACCCUCGUGUCAAGGCUGGGCAAGGCAACCCAGCAGGAGGAAAAGGGUCCCAAUCUAGGCAGAAGAGCCAGAGACACCCCCACUCCUACUGUUGGGAGCCCCACAGGAACACUAAGCCACACAACCAUAACAUGGACAGAGGACCCAGCGCAGACACACACAGGGUCUGUGUUGUCUCCAGUCUCUGUGAGCCCUAUGGGUCCUGCUUACUUGAUUCUGUGGGUGGUACUCUCCUGGUGUCCUCAACCCCUUGGCUCCUACAACCCUUCCUCCCCCUCUUUGGGGUUUCCCUGGCUCUGCCUCGGUUUGGCUGUGGGUCUCAGCAUCUGCUCCCGUCAGCUGUUGGAGGAAGCCUCUCUGAUGACAGUUGGGCUGGGUACCAAUCUGUGAGUGUAGCAGAAUGUCAUUAGGAAUCAUUCAUUUCAUUGACUUUUUUUUUUUUUCCAAUCCUGUUUGGUUCUAUCCUGGUUUGCUGGACUGUCCUGCUUCUAGCCUGGGCCAGGUGUAGGCUCCAGAGGAAAUGUUUCUGUUUUUCUUCUAAUGCUGGGGAUCCAAUCUAGUGUCUCACACAUGCUAAUAAUGCUAGCAAGUGUACCAGCUGUCUGUUUUAAAACAUUUCCUUUUAUAGUCCUUUUUUUAUUUAAAAUUUCUCCAAAUGCAUACUUUGAUUUGUUUUUGUUUUUUAACAUAAUAUUUUAUUGAGUCUUUGGGAAUUUUACAGUAUGCACCCCAAUUCUGCUCAUUUCCCAGUCUUUCAAUACCACCUCUUACCCAGGUAACCCCCUCCCUCCUUGUAAUCUCCCAAAAGAAAAUAAAAAUUAGAAAUGGGCAGUAGUACUGACGUCUUUGAUCCCAGCACUGGGGAGGCAGAGGCAUGAGGAUUUCUGUGAGGCCCGCCUGGUCUACAGAGUGAGUUCUUGGACAGCCAGGGCUACACAGAGAGAUCCUGUCUUGAAAAACAAACAAAAAAAUUAGAAAAGAAAAAGCAACACAAGAAGUCCGUCUCACAGACCCCCGCUAGGCCGUGACUGCUCCUCUGUCAGCUGCCGCCCCCGGUGCCCGUCUCCUUCCCAUCUCCGUCUGCCCCGCCACUUGUUCAUCAUAGGAGUGGCAGUCGAAGCUGGGGUGCAUCAGGAAACAUGCUUUGUUUUGUUUCACUCAGGCUGUCCUGGGUGGCUGAGGCUGACCUUGAAGCUGACCUUGAGACUGAGGCCUCCUCUGCCCUGCCCUCCACCUUCUAAGACUGAGCGCUGGCAUUCCAGGAUGGAGGCACCACUUCUCAUUAAACGUUUUGAUUUGGA